GCUAGAAGCCCAACCGUUAACGAUUGCCUACUAUGAUAAUAUUGGUCAGAUGGUUAUCCGCCAACGCUAUCGUCUUCAACUGGAAGUACAGCGCGAAGCAAAGAGGCAAGAGAGCGAGAGAGAGUGAGCAGGUUCGCGCGUCUGAAAAUGCGAACCGUAACGCUCUCCGGGAGCGUUUUGAGCACACAUUCUCUGCCCUUGUGCUCUGAACCUCCUAAAUAUUUCCAUGGUUGUCUCCUAUGUCUAAAUUCUCGUUCGAAGAAGCAGAAUUCUAAGCUUUAUCGCGGGAAUCAUACUUCUUUUCCAUCGAGGCAUUCAAGACCUUGGUGUGCUAGCAUGUGCAAGAAGUGGUUAGGGCACUUUCUACCAACAAAUCCUGCCAGUUCAAGUUCCAUUGAGUCUAGGUUCCUGGGUUGCACAAAUUAUGAAGCUGCUCCAGACUUGAUGCAGAAUCUGGAUGAUUGCAGUGUUUUAGAUAAGUCCCCUGCAGAAGAUAACUCAAGAAUGGGGAAUCAUAUUGCCAUAAAUAGCCCAAUAUCUGAUAUAUCACUUGGUACUUUGCUGAAGUUUGCUGUGCUCUUUGGCUUGCACACACUUCAAGGCUCCCAACUGGCAGUUGCUGGUUCAGAUUUUGCUGGUGGGAUGCAGUCAAAUUCUUAUUUGGGAGACCUUGGUGACAUUAGCACAGGUUUUACUUCAGCUUUCUUGCUGAUCCUUUUCUCUGAACUAGGGGACAAGACCUUUUUUAUUGCGGCACUUUUAGCUGCUAGGAACUCUGCUGCUGUUGUUUUCAUUGGGACAUUUGGUGCACUUGCGGCAAUGACUAUCAUAUCUGUCGUUCUUGGACGAACUUUUCACUAUGUUGAUGAAAUCCUUCCGUUCAGAUUUGGUGAGACUGAUUUGCCUAUUGAUGAUAUUGCUGCUGUGUUCCUUUUGGUUUAUUUUGGUGUUUCAACCUUGCUUGAAGCCACCUCAAAUGAUGGUCUAAAAGCAGAAGAAGAACAAAAAGAGGCAGAGAUGGCUGUUUCAGAAUUUUCAGGAAAUGGUGCUGGGAUUUUGGCUGCUGCCAGCACUGUAAUAAGUACUUUUCUUCUAGUAUUUGUAGCUGAAUGGGGUGACAAAUCAUUUUUCUCCACAAUAGCACUUGCUGCUGCUUCUUCACCUCUCGGAGUCAUCGGUGGAGCACUAGCUGGUCAUGGAGUUGCAACUUUGAUUGCUGUCUUAGGAGGUUCUUUACUUGGGACAUUCUUAUCAGAAAAGGUUAUUGCCUACAUUGGAGGCACACUCUUCCUCGUCUUCGCCACAGUAACCUUGAUUGAGAUAGUAACUUAGAGGAUUUGCAUUUUUCUCGUCAUCAAAUUCUGUUGUAAGUUCUUUUGCAAAUUUUUGAAAACAGCAUAACAUCAUUUAUUCUACAUGGCCAUUUAUAUUGUUGAUGUGCAUAUGCACUGGGCUUGGACUACACUCAGGAAGGUAUUAUUCCUUUGUAUUCUUCUCAAGGUAUAACCUAGAGAACUCAAAAAUGUUCAAAUUUUUAAAAUUGGAAUGUGGAAAUUUUUGUCUUU